CGAAUUUGAGCGAUGGCACAGGUUGGCGUCUUGGUGUGCUUGGACGUGCCGGUCGGCAGCGAGUUUGGCGUCGACUACGAGGCCUUUCGCACAGCAGAGCGCUUCCAAGGUGUCAAGCUCCUUCCUGCGGGGCUGCACUUUGUAUUUUACGCCUCCAGUGGCGACCAAGACGGGAUCCGCCAAGGAUUUUUCAUGCACGUGAACGCCGGCGACGUCCAGCUGCGCAAGUGGUCGCACGAGACCGAAGAGCUCUUGCCGCUCACGGAUGCGCGCGACGCAGAGAACCUCACACGCGCGGUUCGCGGCUUCCAGCUCGAUGGCAACCUCGGCGCGUACCCGCAAAAGCACGCCAAGACAUGGCGCCGCCUCUCCAAGUACAUCUCGGCCAACGUGCUGCGCCGCUGUGGCAUCACGCUGGGCGCGACCAUCAUGCCGGGCGACCCGGACGUCAUGUCGACCAACGAACCGUCGACACUGACGCCGUACUUUCCCAAUACGGCGCAAACCGCGCGAUUCACGCCACUGAGAAAGCCAGCACUGUCUCGAUCUGCCGCCGAAGUCACCAUGUUCCAUGUCGACUCGAGUGAGCACCUCGAGCAAUUACUGGCCGAGCACUUCAACAACGACUGGAAAGAACUCGUCGGCGAGCUCCAGCUGUCGUUCGUGCUCUUCCUCCUCAUUUCGUCGCUGGACGCACUCACGCAGUGGAAGCAGAUGGUCUGGCUGCUGUGCUCGAGCGAAGCCGCGGUCGAGACGAUGCCGGACCUCUUCAUCGCGUUCCUCAAGCUCAUGCACACACACCUCGAGCAGGUGGGCGCCGAGUUUUUCCAAGACGAAGUCGCGCAAGAGAACUUUCUACAAGCGUCGCUCGCAUCCCUCUUCGAGAUCCUUCACGACGACACGCUCCACCCCAAGCUGCUGGCCGCGUCCCAGAAGCUCCAGGUCUUUCUGCAGCAAAAGUUCAACCUGCGCUUUGACGUGCUCGGGACCUUUGCAUUUGGCGACGACGAGUGCGCCCCGACCUUUGUGUUGCCGGACGAGCUUCCUGCGUACGUCUUUACCGCCGAUGUGCUCGACGACGACGCCAACGCGCGUGCCGCUGCCGCGCUCUUCCACGGAGCCUCUCGCUCCUAG